AUGAAGAGGUUUACAAACCCUGAGCUGGAGUGCCUUGGCCUCUCGCGCACAGAUUUGGACUCAGGACCAUUCCCGGACCAAGAGCAAGAAGACGCGUUCGCACUACGCGCGCGUUGGUGGCCAUCCCUCAAGUUCUACGAACGCCACACAAGAGACGAACCAUAUCCUUACGGCCACCACUUCCCAUCCGACCUGCAUGUUGCCUACACGCCUACUGGUUCAGGCAUCUGGGUUCUAGCAGUAUGGGCCGAAAACUCACAAACCUGGUUGGAAGAAUACGAUCCGCCUCGGAGACCCGAAGACUGGGUGGACUUGGCGUAUUGCCGAACCAUGGAGGAGCGAUGUAAGAUUUUGGAAGAGUUUGGCGCGACGUUUUAUGAGGAUGUUGAGCAGUGUGAUAAGCUGCCGUGGAGUUUGGAUGAGGGUAUUAGAAAAGGCAAGAGAUACGAGAAGUUGCUGCGGAAGAUGGAGGAUGAUGAGUAUUUCGAGGAUUGGAUGAAUAGUCUGUGA